AUGAUGAACACCACCUUCUCCUCCUCCUCUUCCACAAUUUUCCCCAAUAACGCGGCCGGAAAUAUGCACAAUAUCCUCCACCUGAUGAUGUCCGAAAUGCACACGGUUGAACUGCUGGCAUCCAUUUUAGUGUUCAUAUCCAUACACUCCCUCCGCCAGAAAUCCCGGCACGGCCUCCCCUGCUGGCCUCUCCUCGGCAUGCUCCCUUCCCUCCUCCUCGCACUCCAGGGAAAUGUGUACGAGUGGAUCACCCACAUCCUCCUUUCCCGCCAAAACAAUGGGACUUUCGUGUUCAGAGGCCCCACAUUCAGCAACCUCCACUGCAUGGUCACUGCAGACCCGCGCAACCUGGAGCACCUCCUAAAGACGAGGUUCUACAAUUUCCCCAAGGGAGGAUACUUCCGCAGUACGCUGCGUGAUUUCCUCGGGGACGGCAUCUUCAACGCUGAUGGCGGAGAGUGGCGAGCCCAGAGGAAAAUCGCCAGCCUGGAGUUCCACUCUGCCAAGUUCAGGCAGAUGACAACGAACUCGCUGGUCGAUCUGAUUCACUUGCGCCUACUGCCCAUCCUCCAGGAGAAAUCGGAGUCAGAGUCGGAGUCGAAGGCCUCGAUCAUUGACCUCCAGGACAUCCUCCUCAGGCUGACUUUCGACAACGUGUGCAUGAUAGCCUUCGGAGUGGACCCAGGCUGCCUAAGGCCCGGCCUGCCCCAGAUACCAUUCGCGCGGGCCUUCGAGGCUGCCACCGAGGCAGCCAUCUUGCGCUUCGUGAUGCCGACUCUAUUGUGGAGAGGAAUGAGGCGGUUGGGGGUGGUGUCCGAAGGGAGGCUCAAGGAGUCGGUAAGGGCAGUGGAUGAUUUUGCGCACCAGGUCAUACGUGCCAGGAGGAAGGAGUUGGAGUUGGAGACCACCACCGGGAAUCCAAAAUCAAAAAAUAAUCUGCUGACGCUGUUCAUGGGGCUGAGGGACGAGGAUGGACAGCCGUUCUCCGAUUCUUUCUUGAGGGACGUGUGCGUCAACUUCAUACUGGCCGGGAGGGACACGUCGUCCGUGGCAUUGACCUGGUUUUUCUUGUUGCUCAAUGGGAGUCCCGAGGUGGAGGGGAAGAUUCUGGCAGAGAUAUGUGGGAUAGUGAGAGAGAGAGGAGAUCAGGCAACACUAGCACCAGAUUUUGUUUUCCGGCCGGAGGAGGUGAAGAGGAUGGACUACUUGCAUGCAGCACUGUCCGAGGCUCUUAGGUUGUAUCCAUCAGUGCCCCUUGAUCACAAAGAGGUAUUGGAGGAUGAUGAGUUUCCAGAUGGAACAAAGCUGAAGAAAGGAACAAAAGUAGUGUACUCAAUCUACUCUAUGGGGAGAAUGGAAAAUAUUUGGGGAAAAGACUGUAGAGAGUUCAAGCCAGACAGGUGGCUGCGGAACGGCCGGUUUAUGAGCGAGUCGGCCUACAAGUUUGCAGCUUUCAACGGAGGGCCCCGUCUCUGCCUGGGCAAGGACUUCGCUUACUACCAGAUGAAAUUCGUGGCAGCCUCGAUCUUGUUCAGGUACCGCAUCGUGGUCGUGGAGGGCCUCACGGUCGAGCCAAAAAUGGCCCUGACGAUGUACAUGAAAUACGGGCUGAAAGUGUACGUGAGGAGGCGUGACCCUAUGGAAAUAGAGAGCUACAACUUUAAAUUACCACAUUGA